AUGGCCGCGCCAAAAUGUGGAGAGAAAGCUCCGUUCGGCUACCGGCGAGCCCUGCUGUCGGGCCGCUCACCACCACCAGCACCACCACCAACCUCCGCAGGGCGCACGCUGGGUAUCGCCAUGGAUCUGGAAUCCAUUCCGCCCAUCACGGGCGCAUGGGCCGCACUCACGCUCGGCGUGGCGCUGCUCGAACACACGCACCUCGUGUCGUCGUUCCAGCUCUUCUACACGCCGGCGCUCGUGUUUCGCAAGUACCAGGUGUGGCGCCUGCUCACCACGUUCCUCUACUUUGGCCCGCUCGGUCUCGACUUUAUCUUUCACCUCUUCUUCUUCAUGCGCUACUCGCGCAUGCUCGAGGAGAACUCGUUCGGCGGACGCUCCGGCGGAAGGGCGGCGUACGUGGUGCUCCUCCUCUUCGCCGCCACGUGCCUUCUCAUCUUGUCACCGCUGACGGCACAACCGUUUUUGGGAUCGCCACUGGCGUUCGUGCUCGUCUAUAUCUGGUCCCGACGCAACAGGCACGUUCGGCUCAGCUUGUUCGGCCUCCUCGUCGUAACUGCGCCGUACCUGCCGUGGAGCCUGGUCAUCUUUGGAUGGCUCCUGCACGGCAGUCUGCGCGCCGUCGUGGGCGAUAUCAGUGGCAUCUUUGUCGGCCAUCUGUACUACUUCCUCGUCGAUGUAUGGCCGCGCGAGUUCAGGUCUGGAGGCAGAAACCUACUGGCCACGCCGCGCUUCCUUAUUCGGCUGCUCGACGGCCCCAUCGAAGAUCAAUGA